UCACAUUUUGCAAAUAACACGUGUUUAUUCCAGACCUCCUUCCAAUAAUAAUUAAAAAUAGUAAACUUUAAAUAUUUCUUCAAAAUUUUACAUUUCUAGUUUGACUUCCGCCAAUGUCAAAAUAACCAUGUCUGCAGCUCUUGUCCGAAAAGCUCUCGAAGUUUCUGAAGAUACGCCCAGACCGGUAGAUAAUUCAGGAAAGAGAAAAUUAAAAUCCAUCGAGAAGAAGAAAAAGAGCAGAUUAUCCUCAGCGGAAGUGUUGAAGAAGAACUUGAAGAUUUUGAAAGCACUUGAAUUCUCUUCACGAGCUAAGAAAUACGGAAAAAUCUCGGUAACGCCCACUAUCCCACUAGCACCAAUUCCGGCAGCGAUAACUAGUGACGAGGACGAUAAGAAAUCUAAAAGGAAAAACAAAAAAGGAAAGAAAAAUAAACCCGACACCUCCUCAGGGUCCGCAUUUACUGAAGAAGAUUUUCUAAAAUUCGAGAAGGAGUAUUUCGUCACGGAUUAAUUUGCUUAAGAAAUAUUAUAAUGCUAAGUUUAUUUAUGAAUGGGGACGUGGCGCUAGGAAUAUGUAUAUUUUUUGUGAGUGCACUCGCCUUUAUUUUAUUUGGGGCUCCCUUCCUCCCAUUUCUUCGACACUGGGCGAUAGGAUCUAUAUUUGUAUUGGCCAUCUUAGGAAAUAUUUUUGUACUCGUGGUUAUCAUUGUGACGCUUUGUAUUCGCUUUUUUGGGACACAAGCUUCAAAAUGUGUUGAAGAAUCUAAACAGAGGAAAGGGAAACCCAUGCCGGAAGCUGAUAAAUUUUCCAAACUGGAUGGUAAGGCUAAUCAAGUUUAUCGUGUUAAUAAUGUCAACUCGGAACGGAAUAAGGAUGUCGUAAAACGGCGGUCACGAAGAUCUACGGUUAAUUAGAGAAUACGUAAUAUAAGCCUUACGAUUUAUAACGUUCUUUUAGAAAUACAUAAACAACAGUCUCAACCCUCUAUUUCAUUGUUAUCGCGUGGUUCUUUUAGUCUAAAUAUUCUAAAUUACGUGACAUCAUCAUGAAGUAUGCAUAGUCGAGUUGAUUUGGUCACAUGAUCUCAUUCAAUUGCGGUGGGUGAAAAUUCUCUGAAAAUUCUCUGAAAGUUUAUAUAUAUUGUCGGUGUCGGCACAAUCUCGCUAUACACUUGGCCAUAUUCAUAUGCAAUCUCUCCCGAGUCGCUGUUUUCAGCACUUUUCGGUUAACUUGUUUCGGAAUGAUCUGGACGAUGAUGAUGCCAUAAACCUAAACCAGCAGCAGCAGUUCAUGAUCUUACGCGAUUAUUUUUAGCAAUGCAGUUUUCUACUCGUCUUGACACUUCCGUAUACACUUCAUUUGUUUGAAACCGUUCGUCCCGAGAACAUUGUGCAUUUUUUCGCAUCCGCUUAGCACCAAAAUGAACCGUUUAUUUCGAUUUUUCCAACCGAUUGGAUGUGCACUUUUAACAUUGGCUUUAUUGGAUACGAUCUGCAACUCAUUUUGGCUUUUGUUGCAAUACACGAGUUUGGAACACAAGUACUUUCGGGGUGAAACUGCUACUCAGGAUUUCUGGAAAAACAUUUUAUGGAACUUUCUCAUAGUUUUGAGAUUUCUGCUCAGCAUUGUUUUAUGGAGUGCAAUACUUCUGGGUAAAAAUGCAGUUCUUGUAUUUUGGAUUGGUCUCUCAUUUCUCACGGAUUGUGGAACCGUGGCGUUUGUCUUAACGGAGAAACUGGUGUUACGGGGCUCCACUCCUCCCGAUUAUACGGAUACGACCAGCACCGGGGGUAUUAAUAUUUGGGGGAUUAUUACACUCGAAGAUCCCUGGCCUAUUUUUAUCAGCCUCGGAAUUUUCGUUCUUCUUCGACUUUACUUGCUCCUCGUGGGGGUCCAAGGCUGCCUCUGUCUCCACAGGAAAUACGACGUCAGCAGGAACCGAAGCCUUGCUGAAGACAUAAGUGACAUUGAGGUCUGUCUGGAACCAAUCGGAUACGGAUUUCAAGAAGUUUGGGCAUUUCUUAAAGAUUUCCCUGGAAUGGGAGCAGUCAUCUUGUUGACCACAGAAAUGAUUUGGAACACUGAGCAUUUAGGACUUCGCGAGCUAUUCGUUUUCAUGUUGGAGAAAGCAGGGAAAGCUUUAUUGCUAGUUGAAACCGAAAAGGACGUCCUGGAUUACGUAUUUUUGGAGGACAAUGUGCUACGCGGAAUUCGUAUUUUUCUCGCAUUUGUGGGAAUCUAUUUUAUUAACAAGGAACACCUUAAUUUUGUCCGUCUCUGGAUCCUCGUCUACUUCAUCUCGCUAAUCAGCUCGAAUGUGAUCUUUGCCAUCACCGUUACAAUCAAGGACAUCAGUUGGAUCGUGUUUCACGCAAUUUCUCACAUUUUUGACAACUUGUUGCGACUUUUUGUCCUCUAUUACAGCUUCAAAUUCGCCAUUGUUCAUAGACAAACUUUUCGUAAAUAGUUCGAACACACACACUUCCUAAAUUUGUAUAAAUAUCGUUGAGGCGGACUUUGUAGAUUGUUUUGAAAUUUGUCAAACACCUACUUUUCCCAGGGAUUGUCUCCACCCAAACCUAGACCAGUCCUAAGCUAAAGCCUCUGUUGCACAUUCUAUGAAUCCACAAAGUCAUACUUAAAUAAUUCAAAAAAUUAUACGUAUGUAAAUCAUUCAUGAAUUUCUUACUUUUAAUAAAUUAUAUAUCCACAUAAA